CCAACUUCUAGGUUGCGGUAACUGGAUCACAAGUCUUCUCUCCUAUACUCCUGAAUCUGGACUGAAGGUGUUUUUCUUGGAUUCCGAAAUAGCCCUUGGAAAUGGCAGCAAUUUACAGUCUCUACAUCAUCAACAAAUCUGGCGGCUUGAUCUACUACAAGGAUUACGGGUCGGCCGGAAGGAUGGACACUAACGAUACCUUGAGGGUUGCGAGCUUGUGGCACUCGAUGCACGCCAUUUCUCAGCAGCUGUCGCCGGUAUCGGGCUGUUUCGGAAUCGAACUCCUUCAAGCUGACACCUUCGAUCUUAAUUGCUUCCAAUCACUCACUGGGACAAAGUUCUUUGUUGUCUCUGAGCCUGGGACACAGCACAUGGAAGGUCUCUUGAAACAUAUCUAUGAGUUGUACACGGAUUACGUCUUGAAGAAUCCCUUCUACGAGAUGGAGAUGCCUAUACGAUGCGAGCUCUUCGACAUCAACUUAACACAGGCUGUACAGAAGGAUCGUGUUGCAUUGUUGGCCCGAUGAUCUGCCUGAGAAUUUGUAUGGUAUCUGUGGUUUACAAUCAAUAUCUUUUGUAUGGUUUUAGCUCACCUUAACUUUGGUGUUGGUAAUCAAUCAGAUAUGGGCAUUGACUAACUCAAGUUUUAAUCCCAAAUCGCCGUGUAUUCAUUUCCAGUUAAAGAUAACAAAGGCUGUUAUGUGUU